UAACCAAAAUCUAACCUACAUUCCAUUGAUUACUUUAACCUCGCAACUUGUUUUUAAACAAAAACAUUAACAUGUUCAUAUUAGCAGAAAUGAAAAAUGUGACCCGGAUCCCUCCCGAGCUAUUUAACUUAAAACUAAACGAUGCCAUCGCCGGUGAACUGAACAAAAAACUAGCCAACAAGAUUGUGCUCAACGUGGGCCUGUGCAUCGCUUUAUACGACAUUACGAGCCUGCAAGAGUCCUACAUUUUCCCGGGUGACGGGGCCUCCCACACCAGAGUCAGCUUCAGGUACAUCGUGUUUCGCCCCUUCAUCGAGGAAAUUCUCAUCGGGAAAAUCAGAAGUUGCAGCCAGGAAGGCGUCCACGUGUCUUUGGGUUUUUUUGACGACAUUUUAAUACCUCCGAGCGCCCUGCAGCACCCUUCUACGUUUAACGAAACGGAGCAGGCGUGGGUGUGGGAGUACGACACGGGUGACGGUAACAAGCACGACCUUUUUAUGGAUGCCGGAGAAACGAUAAGAUUUCGAGUGACGGCGGAAUUUUUCAAUGAGACGUGCCCCACUGGAACGUUGCAGGAAACGCACGAGAAAGCCGAAAAUAAAGUUCCUUAUAGUUUAACGGGUAGCAUAAAUGAACCAGGUUUGGGGUUGUUGUCGUGGUGGGACACCUGAUGAACAGUUAACAUUACAAAAACCGGGAUUGCAAGAAGCCAAAACCUGUUUUACCGACCGUCUUGACGUUGACGUUUGUGUUGUUUGGAAUAUUGCAA